GAUUGAUCAACGCCGGAAAUCGAGUUUAAUUAUUCCAUGUGUUGAAAAUAUGAUUCGUCAUGACGUUUUUCAACUAUUCCCUUCAAUUUCGAUCGGAGGUACGAUGAAACGAUUAAUUCGUCGAUUUUCAACUCUCACCAAAGAUCGAUAUCCUGACCUAAAACGAGGAAGUUUCUCUUCCUUGCAAGACAAAGAUGUUCAGUUUUUCGAAAGCAUCUUGAACAAGAACCAAGUGAUUACAGAUGCUGAUGAAGUGCAAUCGUAUAAUAUAGACUGGUUAAAAGCGAACUGUGGAUACAGUUCCAUUGUAUUGAAACCUAGAACAACUGAGCAAGUAUCAGCUAUUCUGAAACACUGCAAUGAACGAAAAUUGGCAGUAUGUCCUCAAGGAGGAAAUACAGGACUGGUUGGUGGAGGUGUUCCUGUAUUCGACGAGAUAAUUAUAUCUACAUCUCUUAUGAAUAAGAUAAUCAAUCUAAAUACUCUGACUGGGGUUUUGACCUGUCAAAGCGGCUGUGUCUUGGAAAGUUUAUCGAAUCACCUGAAAGAUCACGGUUUUAUAAUGCCGAUCGAUUUAGGAGCCAAAGGAAGUUGCCAAAUAGGAGGCAAUGUAUCAACAAAUGCAGGUGGAUUGCGUCUUUUGAGAUAUGGUAGUCUACAUAGCACGGUUUUAGGUGUACAAGCUGUUCUUGCCAACGGAGACGUAGUCGACUGUAUGAAUACUCUCAAGAAAGAUAAUACAGGUUACCAUUUGAAACACUUAUUCAUCGGUUCCGAAGGAACCUUGGGAUUGGUUACAGAAGUAGCUAUACAAUGUCCUCCGUUACCGAAAGCCACCAAUCUUGCAUUACUUGGACUGAGUAGCUUCGAACAAGUUCUAAACGCUUUCAAACUCGCUCGUGGAAAUUUAGCUGAGAUAUUAUCAUCUUGCGAGUUAAUGGAUCAAGAUUCUGUGAAAGUAGUCGAAAAAAACUUGGGUCUAACUUGUCCCCUACCUAAUAUGCCAUUUUACAUGUUAAUUGAAACUUCUGGAAGUAACAUGAGCCACGAUGAAGAAAAACUCAACAUGUUUUUGGAAACUUGUCUCGAACAGAAAGUGAUUCUCGAUGGAUUCGCUACCUCCGAACCUUCCAAAAUGAAGGUGCUAUGGGAUAUUCGUGAAAGAAUUACGGGAGCUUUGCUUAAGGAUGGGUAUUCUUACAAAUACGAUGUUUCGUUACCGUUAAAUGUAUUUUACGAUAUUAUUUUGGAGUUUCGUGAACGUUUAAAAGAUCUAAAUCAAGUUAAAACGAUUUGCGGAUAUGGUCAUCUGGGUGAUGGAAACCUUCACGUGAAUAUGACAUCUUCGGAAUACGAUGAAAAAAUCAAGAAAACUAUAGAACCGUUUAUUUACGAAUGGAUUUCUAAACACAGAGGAAGUAUCAGUGCUGAACAUGGUGUAGGAUUUUUGAAAUCUAAAUAUCUUCAUUUUUCAAAAACCCAGAAAGAAAUUGAUAUGAUGAAAAGCUUGAAAUCUAAUAUGGAUCCAAAUGGUAUAAUGAAUCCGUAUAAAGUUCUAUUUUAGUAUCUGACAUAUUGCUAUGUACAGUACGGUUUUUUCUACGGUCUGGUCUACAUGAGACUAUGAAAUCGCUCGAGCCUUAUUCAAUUUUUUCAGCCGAGAAGUACAUACAUACAAUGUACUGUUCGUUUGACUGCGAAUGUAUAGCGUUACUUAGCUCUGCUGUGUUAAUAGUUACCUUUCCCUUGCCCCCCCCCCCCCAUCAAUGAACUUGAGUGUGUUUUUUAUAAUUAUUAUUCUCAUGUGUGAUAGACCGUAAUCUCAAUUUGUAUUUUUUAAAGACUGAUGAUUUUUAAUAUUUUAACUCAUGUAUCAACUCGUAUUUUGUAUUCUUAUCUUUUCACUUUUAAUCGUUUGAAUAAAUCUUUCGAAAAACA